AUGGUUAAAUUAACAAGAUACGAAAAGCUUCAAAAGGAACAUAAUGCAAAGUCCUUUAAACCUCUUUUAGAUGAGUUAACAAAAUGCGAUUUACCAACUUUCGUAGAAAAAUUACAGGCAAUUCAAGAAUGGGAUAGAGCUAGAGACGACCUGUUUGUCUGGAUACCCGUAUUAAAUAGAAUUGAUGAUAUCCUUUCAUCGAUUGUGGAUAAAUAUUCAUAUAAGACCGAUGAUUUCAUCAAGAAACCUGUUCGAUUAGUGACUAUGGCCGACGACGAUGUGAAGUUAUGUGUGGAAUUAUGCCAAUUUAGUUGCCGUCUAUUGUACAAUUCCGAAAAUAGAUUUAUUUAUUCUUCAAUGGAUGUCAUGAACAAUUUAUUAAACUGUCCUAAUUUCAAAGUUAAACUUUCAGCCAUUAAAGUUUUAGCAAUCAUGGGAGAAAGAUACGUUGUCACUAGGGAAAAAAUCGACUCGGAUAACGUAUUAGGAAGUUUAAACUUAAAGAAAAAAGCAUUGAAUUUAGCAUUGGCAUUACCUUCAUCUACAACGGAUGAUGAAGGAAAACAUUUUUCUCUAUCUGAUUUGUAUUUCAAAGAGAAGAAAUUCCCUUCAAAAUGGUCAAAAUUAAAAUAUAAUUAUUAUACUUCUCAUUCAGGUCAUACAAAGAAACCAGCCUCAAGUCAUAGUUCUACACAACACAAAGAGUUGUCAUUGCCUACACCAUCUAUGAAAAGGCUAGUUUUAACCAAGGAAGAGCUACAAAAGUCUACAAUACAACAACUGUAUGACAAUGCAAUGGAUACUUUACCGCCGGAAAAUUGGUUCGAUUUUUCGUUGAAAGUUGCAAUUGCGAAGGCAUUUAGUGACGAAUCAAACGAAUCCUUAAAUUUAAGAAAUGAAAUCAUAAGGGUAAAAUUCAAUGCUAUUGCAUUGGUUAAUACAAUUUAUAUUCCACCCCAAGUUAGUUCAAAACUUUUUGAAAUCGAUCCUUAUGCCUUCAAUAGUUUGAGCGAAUUCAUUUCCAUUUCAGAAACAAAAAUUUCUAAAGAAAUGAGAUUAGAUGCGUUGUUUUCUCUUGAAUGUAUUUCAUUGAAACAUGUCUGGUGUUCUGAUAUCGUCAGAAACCUCGGAGGAAAUAUCUCACACGGUCUUCUUUUCCAAAUCUUACAUUAUAUUGCCAAGAUUUUAAGGGAAGGUAGCUCUGAAGUCGAUGAAGAGUAUAACGUACGCAUGUUUUAUUUGAUAUCCAACCUUGCCGAUGUAAAAUCUUUACAUGCAUCGAUGAUUAGUGCUGGUCUAAUCCAAAGUUUAAUAGAAAUUGUUUCUGUCAAAAAAACAUCAUACAAGAGAUCUAUGGCUUCCGCUAGCCAUCUUUUGGAAUUACUGAUUAGUGAUUCAGAAUCAACAUCAGAGUUUAUUAACAAUGAUGGUUUUAAUAUUUUAAUCAACUCAAUAACAGAUGAAGUUAAUUUUGCAUUAGAGCAUCCUGAAUAUGGCGCACCUCCGAAGUAUUCGUUGGUAUAUUAUUCCAUUUCAUUUAGGCAACUUGCAUAUAUUAGGAGUCUAUUAAAGAUUGUUUUAAAACUAUUAAGAACAGAUUCCGGUGAUAGAAUCAGAAACUUGAUAGAUUCUCCAAUUCUGAUUUCAAUUAAAAAGAUUCUUGAAAAUAGACCUGUUUUCGGCUAUACUUUAGUGACUCACGCACUUGAUAUUGUUCAGAGAGUGAUAAACAGCGAGCCUACUAUCUAUCCAGUACUCGUAGAAGCUGGAUUGAUCCCUCACAUUAUAGAACAUUUUCCAGAAUACAUUUGUCCAAAUCCAGAAUUGUUAUCAUUAUUACCUGAUUUAUUAUCUGCAUUAUGUUUAAACACGGAUGGUUUAAAAAAAGUUAAAGAACAUAACCUGAUUCAAUCAUUAUUGGGUGCAGUCACCAACCCCAAGCACGCCCAAAUAUUGUCAUGGAAAGAGGAAGCAACAGAUCUUGGUGCAUCUGUUGAUGAAUUAGCAAGACAUUAUCCAGAAUUAAAGCCAAUUAUAUUAGAAAGUUUUUGCUCCAUUGUAAAAGAAUUACCUAAAUGCAUAAAUUUUAACCAAAAAUUUUUAUAUGAUUCACCAAAUGGUGCAGAUUAUUUUUAUCGCUCGAAAACAGAUGCAAUUGAAGAAUAUGAAGAGGGUGCAACCGAAUUAUCAUUUUGGGAUGUCCAGGAAUCUACAUCUUUAGUAGACUGUUUUGCUGAUUUAUUCUAUGGCAUGACACUAGAAAAUUCAGUUCUAGAAUCACUACCAGAACGUUUACAUUUUAGCGAAAUUUUAUCAAUUGCCAUAAUGGAAGGACCUCCAUUUGAUUAUACUUCUUCCCAAACUAUGCUGAAUUUCACUGAUGUUUUACAACUAUUCGAUGAAAAGAACAAAGAUUACGCAUUUCCAGUGUUAAUGAAGGAAUUAGAAAAUCAAUUGGAAGAUAUAAAAGAAUUCUUAACAAGCCCAUUGGAAUUCAGUUAUAUACUCCAAGCUAAGGUAGGAAGAGAUAAUAGCGACAUUGAAGACACAUUAUCGAAAAUGUCACGUAUUGUAACCUUGUUGUACUUGAUAACAGAUGUAUAUAUAAAUGUGACAUCCUUAACAGCAACAAGAGUACUUCAAAUACUAGAAUAUUUCGAAAAGAAUGGUUUUAAAUUAAUUAAAAAUAUAAGAUUGUUAUUUCAAAAGACCUCUCUAGAAGAGAUGUAUAUCCGUGAAGUACUUCCAGACAAAGUUAUCACUGAUACAAUGCCUGAACCACUCGGUAGUGCACCACCAAUUCAAAUACACGUUUCAAAACCUUCUAAGAGGGAACUAAAGGAUGAUUAUACUUCUUCAAAAAUGAAGAAUACAUUUGAAGUCAGAUUUUUAUUAUCAAAGCUACAGUCGUGUUCUUCCAUAUUUUUCAGGUGCUUGUUAAGAUUAUCUCAUGCCAAGAAUAUAGAUAUCGAAAUUUCAGAUAGAGCAAUCGAAGUACAUAUCUUUUCUGAAGUUGUCUCUAGUUCUAUUGCAAUGUUAAGAUCGAUGAAUCUAAAUAAGAGAAAUUUACCAUUUUUCUUGGUGAUGUUAAACUUCAAUAGCUAUAUUUAUUCCUUCCCGAAAACAACAAUAUCAGGUGGAGGUAUUUUACAAACAAUACCUAUUUAUUUGUUUUAUCAAAUGGGUGGUUAUAAAUUAUAUGUUGAUUUGACAAAAGAGCUAUUCAAAAAUAUUUCUCAAUUUGAUAAUAUAGAGAUGAUCGAAGAAAUUAAUUACUUGAAAAAUACGGAAGAAGUCUUAACGUUAAGUUGUUUGAUAAAUGUUUUGACUUUCUUAAAUAAAUCAAUACAGCUAGAAACAAUGGAAAAUAUUAGGAGUAUUGAACCAUAUUAUCCAUACUUGGAUUAUGAUUAUAAUAUGACAAAAUCUAUAAUGAUACCGAUAAAGAUACUUUCAUUAGCAUUGAUUUUUAAUUUAAACAAUUAUAAUUUACUUUUCAACAAUGAAGCUAGAAAGAUACCGUAUGCUGUUUUUAAACAAAUCUUAACGAUGUUAAAGAACAUUUUUUCUGAUUCAGAAUUUGAUUCGGAAGAAUUGUUAGAAUUGCACUGGGAUCUAAUACCUCCAUCCAGUAGAAAAAUCAAAUUACUAACUUCAUGUGGUUUAUCGGAAGAUGUUGCUAGAGGUUAUUUGGAAGAAAAUGAUGAUGAAUUACCCCAAAAUGAAAAGCCAGAUUCAUUUUCUGAAGCAGAAUGGGAGAAAUAUCAAAUUGUCUCAAAAAAUAAUAUGUGGCAGCUAUAUCCUCCUCAAAUGUUACCACAAUAUAAGGAGAUGGCUUCUACGGAAGACUUGACCUCCAUGCGAAAGCAGUUUUUUGAUUCUGGUUUACAACAAAAGGUUUUUAAUGUAUUACCCUUUUAUCCAAAGUUGGUAAAUGCAUUUGCAAAAACAUUACUUCAAAUUUAUGCAGACAAUCACCAACCAGAGGAAUAUUUUGCACAAAAUGUGUUGGAAAAGAUUAUUAAGACAAACAUUACUGAUACAGCUGCUAUUUCGUCUUUAAUUCAUCUUUUUGGUAUCUUUUUGAAUGAGAGGCGUGUGUAUGAACAAUCGAAUGGUUUAAUUGACCAGUUUUUGGAUUAUUUAUUAAAAUCCUUAAAACCUGAUCAAGCGAAUAGCAUUUGGUUUUCUAAGGCUUUGUAUGUAUACGAGAUUAUUCUAGCAAAAUCAGAAGUUCCAGAUGUGGUUAAAUUGCCUAAUGAUAUUAAAUUGACCGACGAUUUACCUACCUUUUUCCCUGUAUAUAGGAUUCCAUAUGAGAUAAAAAAGCAGGUAUUCCAUACUCUUAUAAGAGUCAGCGAUAUAUCGAACUUUUAUUCAGCUUUGGCAACUUGUAGAAUUUUGAUUUUAUAUGCAAGAGACAAUGAAUUUGGGAAUGAAAUUAUUAGAUCAGGUAUUUUGUCUGAAUUACUAAAAUCUAUUGGGGUUCAUCAGAAAUCGGAUAAGAUUAACUUUUUGGAGUCUUCAUUCAUUUUAUUACUAAGAAGAUGCUUUGAAACUGACAAAAUUGUUAAGGAUUUGAUAAGUUACGAGUUGAAUAAAAGUUUUACAACAAGAGCUAUAGGUGAAAAUAAAGAAAAAGAACGUGAACUAAAUGGUUUGAUUGAUGAGAAACCACACGUCGUCAUGAGGAAUCCUGAAAGUUAUACAAACCUCUUAUGUGGCAUGGCAAAGUUUGUAGAUUUCGACUCUUCUGAUUCUUUGAACACAUUGGUAAUGAAAAGAGACAUCUCAGGUAGUGAAAAAGAUACUCCACAAGACGUAAAAAAAUCCGAAGGUGAGAAUUAUCAAAAAAGAACGGGUAUUGUACACAUGCUACUGUCUCAGUUGAUGGCAGCAUCUAGAAAAGACUGGUUGUCAGAACCCGGAUCUAAAUUACCAGAGAAUAAAGAUAAAAAAUUGGUUGAUAAAGUCGAUCCUGCAAAGAAUCCAGUUUGUGCAUAUAUGAUGUUUUUACUUAAAGUUUUAGUUGAACUGGUUAGUAGUUAUAAGAAGUGCAAAUUCGAAUUUUUAACCUAUGAUAGAAGAAAUUCUUAUUCCGAAUUUCCAAAACCUAGAUCUACUGCUAUAAAUUUUUUCCUAUAUGAAUUAUUAGAUAAGACUCCCAACCCAGAACAGAAUAAAUAUGAAAGCAAACGAAGAGAAGUCAUCAGUUUAUUGGCUCGUUCAGUUCUUGUUGGGUUUAUAGCUAGUGUACAGGAUUCAAGUAUUAAAGCCAAUGACCCUAAGGAAAUCGACCCUGAUAUGAACUUCAUUAGGAAAUGCACCAUAGAAUCAUUGAUGAAAGCUUUAAAACAAAAUACAUCAUCAGCUAAACUAAUCGAAUCAAAUGUAAGCAAACUUGAUUGUUGGUUUAAGAUAAUUUCAUCUAUGGUAUUUGUUCAAGCUCCUUACUUGAGGCUCAUUUUAGAUUCAAAUAAGAUUGACGCAGAUCAAUAUCAAAUGUGCAAGUUAAUGAUAGAAAUGAAUGUCCCAAGCGUAAUUACUGAGUGUAUGGCUAAUAUUGAAAUUAAUUAUCCAUUUUCAAAAAAACUAUUUAAUAAUGCAGUCGAUCCAUUUAAUGCUAUUAACUCAGUUAGAAAUAGCUUCUCAGAGUUGUUCAAGAUAGAAAUUAAUGAUGAUGAGGAUGUGGUUGAGGAAGAAUCAGAUAAAGAGGAUGCUCCAAACAUGUUUAAAAAUUCUUCUUUAGGUAUGUAUGAUGUUGAGGAUAUCGAAGAGGAUGAUGAUGACGAGUCCUUAAUUGGAGAUGACGAGGAUAUUGCAUUUGUUGAUGGAGAGGAUGGAGAAUAUGAAGUAGUUUUUAGUGAUGACGACGAUGAAGAUGACGACGAAGAUGGUGAUGGCAAUUCCCAUUCUGUAGAUUUAGAUCUAGUUAAUGGAAGAGAAGAUAGAAAUGUAUCUUAUGAAGUUGCUGGAGCAGAUGGUAUUGCGGUAGAGAUAGCAACUGAUUCAUCUUUUGAAUCGGAUUAUGAUGAGGACAUGCAAUCCGGAGAAGAUGUAGAAGAACAUUAUUACUCGGAUAAUGAUGAUGGUAUUGACGUAAUUGAUGUUGAUGAAUCAUCCUAUUCUUCAGACUUGGACAUUGAACUCAGUGAUUAUAAUGUAGACGAGUCUGAUUGGGAAUCUGGAUUAUCCGAUUUAUCUGAUUCUCAGGAUGAUGAAGAUGAGGAUGAAGAUAUUGAUUCCGAAAGUAAUGGCUUUAAUAGAAUGAACGGAAUUAGAAGACAUUGGGUAACCGACGAUGGUGUUGAUAUUAUCGAAUCUCCAUCUGAUGAUGAUGGGUCUACUGGUGUAUUCCAGGGAAUCGAACAUGUGUUCCAUAAUGAAGAUCAACCACUCUUUAGAGUUCAAGGUGGUAGAAGCAACAGUCGUCACAAUAAUAGAGUUUUGAAUAGAAAUUUUGGUCAUUCUUCCUUUGGGCCACCAUCAUUGACUUUAUUGAAUGUUGGGCGUCGUCACCAAAGCAAUUUGAUAAAUCCUUUAGGUCCUAGUGGUUUAGAAGAAGUCGAAAAUGAUAUUUCAGAUCAAUUGAUAAGUGUCGGUUCUGGACUACGUCCUAGAAAUGAGCCUCAUCACUUUGCUGGCGUUCUAUUCUCUGGAGAGUCAUUUGAUGAGCGUACUCCAGAUGGUAUAGUUUUGAAACCAUCUGUGUCAAGAUGGAAGGAUAUUUUCGAUAUGUUUUACGAUUCUAAAUGGUAUGUGAAAAAUAUUAUACCUUCAAUUAUUUCAAGAACUUAUCAUGGAAGCUUAGGAAAUUCCAAGAAGAAGAAUACAACAGAACCUAAGAUUAAAAAACACGGUGUGAAAAGGACUCAUUAUGAAGUUUUACCUGCAGAGGAUGAAAGUUCUAAUAGCGAAGAAAUUUUAUCCGAUGAUAUUGAUGAUGAUUCGAAUGCUUCAGAAAAUGAACUAGUUGAAGGAGAGAGGUCAGGAGACACAGAAAAUUCUGUAAACAGGGCAGCUGAGAAUGCUGUUGCUCCCGAACCUGUUUUUGUCACAAUAAAUGGAACUCAAGUUAAUAUUGCUGGUACAGACAUCGAUCCUGAUUUUUUGAAUGCUCUACCCGAGGACAUGAGAGAAGAGGUAUUUACUCAGCAUAUACGCGAACGUAGAGCAGAAGCUUUGUAUAACGACUUAGACUCGAGAGAAAUUGAUUCAACAUUUUUAGAUGCAAUUCCUCAAAAUAUGAGGGACGAAAUUUUAGAGCAAGAAGCUGCAGAAUCCAGAGUAUCUAGUAUGAUCAGAACUAUAAACAAUAAUGUAAGAUCCACUUUGCAGGACAGUGCGUCUAUUAGCAAUACUGCUAUUAUGGAGGAUAAUUCAUUAGUGAACGAGGAGGAAAAUGAGAAUGAUAAUUCCACCUCCCAUGAAGAUAACAAAACAGAUGUAGAGAAACGUAAAUCUUCUAGAAUGUAUUUUUCACCGUUGGUUGACAGAGCUGGUGUGGCUGCUUUGAUGAAAUCAGUAUUUAUUUCUCAGCCAUAUGUACAAAGAGAAGCAUACCACGAAUUGUUUUAUAGAUUAUGUUCCAGCAAGCAAACUAGAAGUGAUAUCAUCAAUAUGCUUCUAAUAAUUUUAACUGAAGGAAUAAUCGACCAUCAUUCUUUAGAAAAGGUUUAUAACUUAAUUUCUUCAAGAGCUUUAGGAAUCCAGGCCAAACCCCAAGUAUCUCACCAAACAACCAGACAUUUACCUCCAGAUUGCACACCACUUGUGGUAGCUAAUCAAUCGAUUGAAAUUCUACAAAGUUUAAUUGAAGCUGACAGCAGAUUAAAAUUCUACUUUAUCACAGAACAUGAUAAUUUAUCUUUAAGCAAACCUCAAUUUAAAAAUAAAAAGGAUAUUUUUAGCAAAAACAUGAAAUGGCCUAUUAAAAAUCUCUUAAUAAUGCUAAAUCGAAAAAUCAUUACUGAUGAGACUGUUUUGAUGGAUUUAUUGACAAGAGUUUUACAAGUCUGUACAAAGCCAAUACUUACAUUGAAUAAGCCAAUUGAUGAGAAAAAUGCUUCGAGAAAAAAAUUCCAAAUUCCAGAAUUUGAUAUAGAUGAACUAAAGAUGAUUGUAUCAAUAAUUAAACUCGAAAGUUGUAAUACUAAGGUUUUUCAACAGACCUUAAACAUUAUGUACAAUUUAUCCGCUGUAUCCGAUGCUGUUAAUGUGUUUACAGAAGAACUUAUUUCUUUGGCAUUGGAGACGGUAGAUGCCUUGGUUCCAGAUUUAAAUAAACUAUCUGACAAUCAAAUUGAAGUUAGUAAUGGAAAUGAGAUUAAUUCUGAAUUAAUACAAAAAUUUACGAUCCCAAGUUCCGAUCAAGCAAAAUUAUUGAAGAUCUUAACAGCAGUGGAUUAUUUACAUACUCAUAAAACUAAAGAGGAUGCUAUUGACGUUCUGAAGCUGAUGUCGUUAUACAAUAGGAUGCAAUUAGGUAAAUUAUGGUCCUCAUUAAGCCAAUGUUUAACAAAAUUAGAAGAACAAAAGGUUACUAGAACAUCUGCUACUAUACUAUUACCUUUAAUAGAAUCGUUAAUGGUUGUAUGCAAACAUAGUAAGUCUUUACAUGAUGGAUCAAAAAGUGCAAUUUUGAAAUUAGAAGAAGAGAACAAACUUGAUUUUGACUCACUUCCAGUCGAAAGCUUAUUCUUUCCCUUUACCGAUUUACACAGAAAAUUGCUGAAUCAAAUGAUCAGAUCAAAUCCUAAAUUAAUGAGUGGUCCAUUUUCUUUACUUGUAAAGAAUCCUAAAGUUUUAGAUUUUGAUAAUAAGAGAUAUUAUUUUGUUGCAAAAAUUCGUUCAGAAUCUCAAGAACAUCCUAAAUUAUCUAUAACUGUUCGUCGUGACCAGGUAUUUUUGGAUUCCUAUAGAUCAUUAUUCUUCAAAUCAAAUGAAGAAAUUAAAAAUUCAAAAUUAGAAAUUGUUUUUAAAGGUGAGAGCGGUGUUGAUGCUGGUGGGUUGACAAGAGAGUGGUACCAAGUUCUUUCUCGUCAAAUGUUUAACCCUGAUUAUGCUUUAUUUAUCCCAGUCGCCUCAGAUACAACUACUUUUAGACCAAAUCGUACUUCCGGUAUUAAUCCAGAGCAUUGUUCAUUUUUCAAAUUUAUUGGUAUGAUCAUUGGUAAAGCUAUCCGUGAUCAAUGUUAUUUAGAUUGCCAUUUCAGCAGAGAGGUUUAUAAGAAUAUUCUCGGGAAGUCCGUUUCACUUAAGGAUAUGGAAUCUCUAGAUUUGGAUUAUUACAAAUCAUUAAUAUGGAUAAUCGAAAAUGAUAUUACCGAUAUCAUUGAAGAAACUUUUUCUGUAGAAACUGAUGAUUACGGUGAGCAUAAGAUAAUUGACCUUAUCAAGGAUGGUCGUAAUAUUGCCGUUACAGAGGAAAAUAAACAAGAAUACGUACAAAAGAUUGUGGAAUAUAAACUUCAAACAUCAGUUAAUGAACAAAUGGAAAAUUUCUUACAAGGUUUUUAUGCUUUGAUUCCAAAAGACUUAAUUUCUAUUUUUGACGAACAGGAAUUGGAACUUCUAAUUAGCGGUUUGCCUGAUAUUGAUGUAGAUGAUUGGAAGAGUAACUCUACAUAUGUUAACUACACUUCCUCCUGCAAACAAAUCAACUAUUUUUGGAGAGCUGUCAAAUCAUUUGACCAAGAAGAAAGAGUUAAACUGCUUCAAUUCGUCACCGGUACAAGUAAGGUACCACUAAAUGGUUUUAAGGAACUAGCUGGUGUCAAUGGUGUAUGUAAAUUUUCCAUCCAUAAGGAUUAUGGCGCAAUUGACAGGCUUCCUACUUCACAUACUUGUUUUAACCAAUUGGACUUGCCUGCCUAUAAUUCAUACGAGACUUUAAGAAGAUUUUUGUUGCUUGCUAUCAGCGAAGGUUACGAAGGUUUUGGUAUUGCAUGA